GUUAUUAUGGAGCGCGAUCCCGAGGGCCUCAUUCGUCUCACCAUUAAGAGGAUCACGCCCGAGGACGCCGGCCAGUACACCCUCAAGGUCUGGAACGAUUAUGGCGAGGCCUCCUGCCACGGCAAGCUCAUCUGCGAGACCCUGACCAGCAGGAAGAAGCGGCCUGUGGGCGACGAUACAAGGGCUUCGACAGGAUCCGGCGCUCCGGUGUCCCUAUGCCGUUGCCCGAGAAGCCAAUGAUCAGCGCCCUGGCAGACCGCCGCCUUACGCUCUCCUGGAUGCCCCACCUCGCUGCGCCCCAGACUAUGCCCUGCACUUACCAGGUGGAGAUGUGCGAUGCGCCCGACGGCGACUGGUUCACGGUUAGGACAGGCAUUCGCGGCUGUAGUGUUGACAUCACCAACCUCAUGCCAAAGGGCGACUACAAGUUCCGCGUCCGCGUAGCCAACAAGUAUGGCGUGUCUGAGCCAUCUCCCUACGUCGCCACCCAGAGGUUCAAGCUGGAGUUGCCUGCCAUCCGCUACGAGCCGCAGAUGGACCCGAACUACGAGUACAAGGGCGAUGGCCCAUACGUUCCCGAGGGCUUCAGGAUUAGCCGCGACUCUCUGGGUAACUAUUUCGCUGCCCAAGAUUCCUCCGCUUGCCGCACGACACGCAGUAUGGCUUGAAGGGUUUCAAUGCCAACAUCAAGUGGUAUGCGUACGGAUACCCGACUCCGAAAGUCAGGUUCCUGAAGAAUGGGCAACCGCUUGAGGUCGGAGACAAGACGCGUUUCAAAUACAGCCAGGAGGUCACGGC